GCUACACGAGUUCAUCCAGGAACCCGCCAGCUAAGUCCAUUCCCAACAGCAUUGAAGCAUUCGUCGUUCUAUGGCGUCAAGCGGGGCUAGUGCGUGGCCGUAUAUUGGCCUCUUGGCUCUGGUGCCCGGCUUGCUUUUUCUUCGACCGAAGCGAAAACCUGACGAAGCGGACAUCGAGGAAGAAGAGGAGGCUGCACCUAACGAUACCAUCAAUGUCUACUUUGGCUCGCAGACAGGAACGGCCGAAAGUUUCGCGCAGACAAUCGCUGCGGAGGGCCGGCGGCAUGGCUUCCACAUUGACGUGGUUGACUUGGAGGAAUUUAGUGCUUCGGAACUCUUGGAGAAGGGCAAGGCUAUCUUUCUGAUGGCCACAUACGGCGACGGCGAACCCACCGACAACGCCAGCGAGUUCACCACGUGGUUGAAAAACGAGAGUGGUGAACUGGAGAGCGAUUAUCUUGCUACUGUCGAGUUCACGGUCUUUGGUCUGGGCAAUACGCAGUACGAGCACUACAACAUGGUGGGCAAGAGCACAAACGAGGGAAUGGAGAAGCUUGGGGCACAGCGCAUGUUCGAGUACGGGGAGGGUGAUGACGACAAUCAGCUCGAAGAAGACUUCGAAGCGUGGAGAGAGAAGAUGUGGAUGGCGUUGGUGAUGAGAUUUGGUGGCAUGGGCGGCGUAGAUGGAGUAGACAAAGCUGUGGACCUACCGUUCUCCGUCAAGAUGCUGACGGCAGCUGAAGCGGCGUGUCAUGCUGGGGUUAGUGAAACUGCCGCCGCUUCCUCGUCCAAGUUUUACUGGCAUGGAUGCGACGCACCCGUCGUUGUCAACCGCGAGCUCCGAGCUCAGGCUCCCGGGGUGGGAUCUACGCGGCACGUCGAGAUCGACCUCCAAGGCACCAGUGUAGGCUACCACACGGCGGACAACCUUGCCAUCUUGCCCUUGAACGACGCCACCACGGCGGAAAAACUGUGCGCACAGCUUGGCUACGAUCCAGACUCCUUCUUCAUCCUCGAGCAUGACGACAACCACAAGCCGGUGUUUCCCACACCUUGCACCGUGCGAGACGCGUUCCUGCGAUUCAUGGACAUUAUGGCCAUUCCUCGCCGCAGCUUGCUGGAGCAGCUGACGCCUUACGUAGAGGACGACGCUGAACGCGAGGCCAUGCACCUCCUGAGCUCGAAGGAGGGCAAGGAGAAGUACCACCGCGAGGUGGAGGAGCCUGGGUGGACGCUGGCCGACCUCAUCCUGGAGAGGUUCUCUAGCCUCAGCAUGACGUUGGAUCACUUUUUGCACGUCGUUCCCCACCUCCACCCCCGCUACUACACGAUCUCGUCGUCGUCGUCCGUGUCGCCGUCAAGGGUGCACAUCACUGUGGCGGUGCUGGAGCAAGACCGGAGCCAGGGUCGCCUGUAUCGCGGUAUCUGCUCGAGUUUCCUCAGCAGCCUGGAACCUCACGAUGGAGCUACGGUGGAGGGAGCCACCAUAGACGGCAGUGGGUCGAAGUGCCGCGUGUUCGUGCGAGAAUCGACGUUCCGGCUGCCGGCGGACUCGUCUAUCCCGAUCAUAAUGAUUGGGCCGGGGACAGGGGUCGCCCCGAUGCGCGCGCUGCUCCAGGAGAGGGCCUGGCAGAAGGAGCAGGGGUUGAGUGUGGGGCGGAACGUGUUGUACUUCGGGUGCAGGUGCAGAGACCAAGACUACAUCUACAGGGACGAGCUGGAGGCAUACCAGGCAGACGGGACACUUGACAGCCUUCGCUUGGCGUUCAGCCGUGAGGGGUCGUCUAAGGUGUACGUGCAGCACCUUCUCCGCGAGGAUGCUGCUGAGAUGUGGGGCUUGCUUGAAGGCGGUGCGUACGUGUAUGUGUGUGGGGGUACUAAAAUGGGUACGGAUGUACACAGCGAGUUCAACCACAUAGCUCAAAGUUGCGGGUUGAUGGGGGUGGAGGAGUCGAAGGAGUAUAUGAAGGGCUUGCACGACGCUGGUCGAUUCGUACAGGAGUUGUGGUCGUAAGUUUUGACGAGACGGGAUUGCUAUCAUACUGACGAGAGCUUGGUACACAGGUCGAUUCCCCACUCGAACGGCAUACUUCAACAACCUUUUUUCAUUGGCUUUAGUAGGGAGGCCAGACGGUGCGUACGAUCGAAACCGGUCCCAAUCAGUGGUGAAGUCAUUUGAGAUUAAUCGGGCCUAGGGAAUGUUGUGCACCAACUCCCCCGGUGCUGUUUCUCAUCAGUUUUCCUUGUGAUAUUUCCUUUGGGCCUAGCUUUUUUCGAAGCGUGAGAGAGUGCGGCAGAGAGAGUGCAGCAAAAAGAGACAAGUG